AUGGUAGUCAACGAGCUCGUAUCAGACAAGAAACUCGGCGCGGUCCUCCAGACCUCAGGCUACGCCCAAGACCAAGCCUCCAAGCUCCUCCACCUCCUCACCGAAAUCACCCGCACCGCCGAAGAGUCAGGCUCAACUUCGCCAGAGCUCCAAGCCGCCCUGUCAAAAGAACAAAAACUCCUCCUCACAAACAUCUCGCACCUCCGCGGCUUGCACCGGUCCGCCAACUUUGACGCCAGGGACACAAAAGCCCAGACCGCCGAGGCGCGCCACGAGGUCGACCGCCUGCACCUCCAGCUGCAGAAUCUCUACUACGAGCAGCGCCAUCUCGAGGGCGAGAUUGAGGCCUGCGAAUCUUACGACCACACCUACCAGAAGCUACCUCUCAUCCCCGUCGAAGAAUUCCUCGCCGAGCAACCAGAGCACGCCGACGCCGACGAGGACGCCUUGAUGAUUGCGCGCAUCGGCCACGAGCGAGUGGGACGCGAAGCUCUCGAGCAGCAGAGGCUCGAGCUGGUGGGCAGGAAGCAGAAGCUCAUUGCCGAGAACAAGAAGCGCAAGGACGAUUUGGCCAACCUCGAUAAAGACUUGGAGAAGUUCAUCGAUGCUGCGAAACCCAUCCAGGAACUCUUCGAAAAGGUUGUAUGA